AUGUGGCUGAACUCCUCUUUGAACUCCUCCUCUCUGACCUCCUCCUCUCUGACCUCCUCCUCUCUGACCUCCUCUCUAAACUCUUCCUCCUCCUCAGCGUCCGUUCUCCUGCCGGCCUCAGAGCGCUUUCUGUUCGGCUUCUUUGCGUCUCUGUUGUGUUGUGUGUUGUUGUGGGUGAAUGUGUUGCUGUUGCACACGCUGGGCUCUCGUGCGGCGCUCAGAGACGCUCCUCGUCACGUGCUGCUGUUUCUGCUGCUGCUCGCGGACACGCUGCAGAUGUCGCUGACGCAGACGAUGUUCGUGAUUGCGUAUGCGCGGCUGCUGCUGUACGUGCCGCUGUGUCUGACGCUGGUGCUGCUGACGCACGCAGCGCACGACUUCACGCCGCUGGUGCUGGUUCUCAUGUCUCUGGAGCGCUUCAUCGCCGUGCUUAUGCCCCUGCGCCACGCCGCCAUCGCCACUGCCUCCAACAGCCUGAAGGCGGCGCUCUGCGCCUGGACGCUCAUACUCUGCACCAUACUGGUGCGGCUCGGCUUCGUCGCCCCAAAGUACAAACCUAGCGACCAGAUGACUCGCUCCUGUAACACUCUCGUCUUGUAUCCGUCUAAAGAGUCCAAACUCUUUGAUGAGGCGCUCAUUUACUCGCUGUAUCUCGGCGCGUUUGUCUCCAUUGCUGGAUCCUACGCCGCCGUGAUGAAAACAGCAAACUCGCUUGCCACGGACCAGGUCUCAGCCCGCCGCGCCCGCCACACUAUCCUGCUGCACUUGUUCCAGCUAAGUAUGAUGUUGCUGUCGACGCUCCAUGAUGUACUGCAGGGGGCGCUGUACCAGCUUUUGCCGCCGCUGGUGUUUCUGCGCAUGCAGACGCUUGUGUACAUGCUCCUCAUCUUGAUGCCCAAGAGCCUAAGCGCACUGGUGUACGCGCUGCGCGACCCGACCAUCCGCGCCGCGCUGCUACUGCGCUUCAGCUUCUGCCACAAGGGACAGGACUUAGGCAGACGGUGA